UGCAGGAUGUGGGGAUGUCGGGCAUUCGGGGUCCGUGGCAUCCGCAGUGAGGACGCGUCGCCGGCGCCAUUCAGUGUCAAAGUCAGUUGUGCCUGAGCUUGUGCCAGAGACAGUCAGUUUUGCUGCGAGUCUGCCAUCCAGCUGGUUUCCGCUUCCGGUUCCGUGCGAGGUCUUUGGCUAGUGAAUUGUGGUUGUGCACCUUUUUCUAACGACUUUUGUAAACACCCAAGUUUUUUGGGCAAAAAGCGUACCAAAGGCUCAGCGUAUUUUUGUAAACAUUUAAUGCGAUAAAGGUUUCGGAUCGUGAAAGUCAAAGUGCAAAUUGGGCCAGAAACAACAAGUAUCGUUUAUAAACUAGUUUCCAGCUCGGAAGUGUGUGUGUGUGUGCUCCUGUGUGUGUGUGUGUGCUAGUGUGUGAGUGAGUGGUGUGUGUGUGCAAUUGAUUAAACAAAAUAAGGGUAACCUAGGCCAACUGAAAGCGUAGAGACACCAUCAAAAGCAGCGCACUAAAUUGCCAAAUCCUCGAGCCAGCAAGAUGGGCUGCAACACCAGCCAGGAGCUGAAGACGAAGGAUGGCGCCGCCAUCGAUGCGGUGAGCAAUGGCGAACCGGAGCCUAGUGCUCCUCCGCUGGAGGGCGAGUCCUCCAAGUCAUCCGCUAGCAAUCAUACGAAUCACGGCAAAUCCAGUUCAAUUAUCUCCAAUGGCGAGGCAAAGGCGGCCAACGGGGGCGCCGCAGUUGGCGGGGGGAGUGGCAAGUCGGAAGCAACAAAUGGCAUUGACCGUCCCUGCGACAAGGCGGCAAUCACGGAGCUCAAUGACGACGAGGACGAAGCAAAAGCCGCCACAAAAAUCCAAGCCGUCUUUCGAGGCCACAAAGUGAGAGAAACCAUGAAAAAAUCGGAAACCAAAACUGCGACCAACAACGGCAGUGCCGCCGGAGCAGCUCCAUCGGCAGCAGCCGCCGAGGCAGCCGCAUCCGCAGAGCCAACCAAAGCCGAGCUAGAGGCUGAAUUCGAUCCCAACGACAAGGAUCUGUGCCAUGCUGCAUUGAAGAUUCAGUCCACUUUCCGUGGUCAUUUGGCACGCAAGCUGGUGAACAAGGAUGCGCCCGAGGACGAGGACAUCCAGGAGAUAACCAAGAAGGUGGCCGAGGAGUUGGACAUAGAUUUAACCGAUCCCGAGCUGAACAAGGCUGCAACCAAAAUUCAGGCCUCGUUCCGGGGCCACAAGACCCGCAAGGAUGCCAAUCCCGAGUAAGGAGCUCACCAGUUGAAUUUUCAUUGCCCUCGAUGGGCUAGUCACAGAUGAAGCUUACUUAAUGCUUACGCAAGUGAAAAACAAAAAAAUAUUGGUAAAUUGUAAAUGUGUAAAAGGCCAAUCGAGAUGAGGGCACACAAUUGUAAACUUUUAGUGAAUUUGUUUUAGCCUGAAUGGCGAACCCAAGGAUUCUCAUAAUUAUUAAAUAAAUUAAGUCGAGGGCAAAGUUACAUUUAGUUUGCAAAGCUUUAAUAAAUUAAUAGUGAAACCACAUUUUGCGAAUGAUGAUUCGGCGAAAAGCGACACUUACAGAUACAAUUUUGCGGCUUGUCUUGUUCUAUUACUAACCUUUAGAGUCGUAACUUAAUAAAUUGGUAUUAGUUUAUAUUUAAUUAAAUAACAUUUCGUUUUUGGACUUUCUUAUUAAACCCAAGACCGUAACUAAAGCAAAAUAAACAAAAAUAAUGUGAACUAACGUUAAAUUGUCAAAGAAAAACCUAAUGUUACAAAAUAAUAAAUAAAAGGCACGAUGUUCCAUAAACUUUAUUGUAGGGAAAUGAGAAACCAAAAGAAACAAAACAAAAGACAAAUGCAAGGAAACUGCUGAACAAAUUUUUGGGAAAUCAUUUCCAUUUUGUCUGGCCAAUGCCAAAAGUAAAAAAUUAAUUGUACCUACAAGCGUAUGAAUAUGAAUUAGAAACCAAAGAAAC